AGAGGAAGAGGAUGUGGUUUAGCAUGUUGAAUGUACCGGUUGAUUAAGUUCAUAGAAAUUGUGUUACAAAAAAAACAAGGAGAUUAAAAAGUUCAUAGAAAAGCAUGCCAAUUAUACCAUACUUGUCCAUCCUUUCUUAAACAUUUUGUAAUCCUUGAUCAUUAAUAAAAUAAUUAUAGUUGGCAAAAAAAAAGCAUGCCAAUUAAGAUACAUCAAAAUAUCAAAUACAAUAUGUACGUUUGAAAAUCUUAUUAAAAUGAAAAUCUUAGUUAAUUGAAUAGUUUUUUUUUUUGAACCAAAAAAGAUAUUUUUUUAUUUUCCCUGAGUAGUACUUAUUGCAAGAAAUGAAAAAAUAAAUGUAAAAGUUAUAGGGGUUAGUGAGGUAAUCGAACCCAAGACUUGUGGGUCAAAUUGUGCAAUUUCAAAAAACUUUUUCGUAACAGAGAGCAAGCCGUAAAAAUCUAAUUUAUAACUUUUAUUGAGUCAAUUGGACCCCACAUCAAGUGGGUCCCUCCUAACUGUCACUAACCGUCACCUUCUUCCUUCUUCCUUCUUCUUUUACCAGUGUUCACUAUAUAUAUACUACGAGCUCUCUUGUUUAUUCGUUUUAACAAACUCUCCAAAAUGAAGCUGCUCUACUUCUCUUCUCUCUCGCUACUCUUUCUUCUGAUCAGCAUCGCUCUAGCUUCGCCGAGUAUGUCUUCCUCUAGCUCUACCGCUUCUGAGACGAACAGCGUUCUUACCACACUACCAAACGAAGUUGAGGCUAUGGUGUCACUCAAAAGAUCCCUAGCUAUACCAGAAAGACUUGGCUGGGAGUCAGAUCCAUGUACUCCUUCCAGCUGGGAAGGAGUGACAUGUAUCACUAAUCCAAUUGGUGAAGGCUUCGUAAUCUACGAAAUUGACCUUGCAGACAAAGGACUCAAAGGAUAUAUCAGUGGAAUGAUUACGCUAUUGCAAAACUUGAAUUCCCUGAACUUGAGUUCCAAUUGUCUGAUUGGUGAAAUUUCGAGUCUAGUAAAUACGAACCUGGUUAAACUGGACCUGUCAGACAACCAUCUUAGUGGAACAAUACAUUCAAAGAUAUCUUCAGCAAGACUAGAGCUGUUGAAUCUGAGUAAAAACCAGUUCACUGGAUGGUUCCCGAAUGAGCUAUAUUCAAUUUUAUAUCGUGGGGGUAUAUUAGACGUCUCUGGAAACAAGGGUUUAUGUGGCGUUGGAAUACCAAGUCUUCCUCAGUGUUCACUGUGGACAAUGGUUCUCCAUAGCAAACUGUUUGCAGCUGCUGUACUGAUUCUAAUUGGGCUAGUCGCCAGUACCUUGAAGCUGAAAAUAGCUGAAUAUGAUGCAAAUAACCCAAACUUUCUAUUGGUGGUUUCCUAUGGUGUGUUCCGUAUGCGAGUAGCAUUUUAUAUCUCCUUAUUCCACUUCCUGAGGGUUGUGCUGCUAUACACCAUCUCAGACUUUAGCGUGGAUGACAGCUACGUCCUCUUGCGUUUGACAGCGUCAGAGCAGAUUCUCUUCGUCUUAUGCGGUGUUUGUGUUAUUGUGGCCGCACUAAGGGGUACAUGGGGACAAGCAAAAAGCUACUUUAUGUCUGUCAUUCUCUGCUUCUGCCUUUUCUCAAUGCAGCUCUAUAGAAUCACAAACUUAAUAAAGAAGUCCUUCUCUUAUUCAAUAUCACAAAAGCUCAAAUCACAAAUCACAAUUCAAUAAUCAAUGUUAUGCAACACAAUAUGCAUCUCCAUAUAUAUAGCUUCGAUAUUUCCUAUUCUCAAUAGUAUUA